AGUGUGUGAGAUAGAAGAGGCAGAUUUGAAUCGUUCCGCCACUCCUUUUUUGACUCGAAGUCUUUCCGCUGUUCCUCUGGUCUUAGUCUGCACCAUGGCGUUUGCAGGGAAAUACGAGCUUGAGAGUCAGGAGAACUAUGCUGAGUUUUUGGAAGCAACUGGGCUUCAGAAGGCUAAGACAGACCACAAAGUGGUGACUGAGGUUGUUCAGGAUGGAGACAGCUUCACGUGGACACAGAGCAUCCCCGGUUGGACCUGGAGUAUCUCGUUUACACUGGGUCAGGAGUGUGAGCUGCAGUCGAUGAAAGGGGUCAAUUUUAAGGACACCGUAACUAUGAACGAUGGAAGGAUUUCUGCGCAGUUUCCAGAAUAUUUCUUCACAGCAGAGAUUGUUGAUGAUAAACUAGUAAUGAUAUGUGUAACUCCUGGAGAAAAGGGUGUGACUUUGAAGAGAGUAAGCAAGAGGAUCUAGCCCUGCGGGACCCAACAUGUUUCCCCGGGAAAAGAAAAGACAGGCAGCGAUUUUUCAUCUGGCCUCUGAGAGCAAGAGGAAGAGUGAAACCACAUGCAACUAAGUCACAAGCAGAUUGUCUGUCAGUGUCACUGAAAUGAGCCUGUCACGAGUUUUGGGUUUAAUUUUGGAGAAGUGAUGAAGUUACACAAUAUCUUGUUUAGAAUUCUCCAGAUUUACAUUUAAACUAAUAAACAUCACUUACAUAUA